AUGUCUCAAACACCAAAAAUAAAGACAACUAAUCACGAGGAAGAAAUCAUCACACUCGAUAAUGCAAGUCCAGGUGAAACCAUUACAGAAAAUGAGAAAACCAAGAAUGCCAAAGACUCAAUGAAUGCAUAUUUCGGUGCUGAUAGAAAAAGCUACCAGAUUCGUGCAUUGGCAAGAAAAACGAUUUCAUAUCAAAAACGACAAAUGUUCGCAAACAUUUGUUGUAUAACUUUAUGUCCACUUUUGAUGGUUGUAAUUUCCGGAAUUUUAGGUGUUGUGAUUACUGCACUAAUUAACAAUUCAAGUGGUGGUAGUUCAGAGUAUCUUUUUUGCUCGAGUGAAGCUGCUUAUAAUACAACAACACGCCAACCAUAUGAUAAAGAUUCCGACAACCUUCCCAAAAGAGAUAGUAAAGAUAUACCAAAUGUGCCAAGCGACGUUGAUACAGUAAAACUCACAAAUUAUUAUUUGCCUCCAGCUGGAGACGAGCUCUUUUCUUCACCUGGAAGCCCACAAGGAUGUGUAUAUUGGUUUGAACCCGAUUAUCCUACCCGCGAACCUUAUGAACCAAAAACUGAUGACGGUAUCGUAAAAAAAGACACAACAUUCAAACCAGCUCCUCCAAAAGGUUGGUUUAGCAUCGAGUCACUUACAAAAUUUCCUGUAUAUUUGGCCACCUAUCAGACUCUUCCAUAUUUACUGGUCAGUGAUGCAGAUGGAGUUGAUUCAGGCGAAAAACCUAAUCAAGAUCCUAUUCCAUUCAGUGCAAGUACCAACAUAUCAAGUACAUUUCAAACUUUGACCAACACCAACACAUCAAGUGAUUCUUUGUUCAAAACUUUUGAAACCAAUUAUUUUGUAAAUAUCUCACGCACGGGCAAUAGCUAUACUGUUAAUAGCUUCCAACCUGUGCCAUUACUUAAAAAAUUCAAACUAAGUGAGGAAGAAAUGGAUAACAAAUUAACAGAAAAAAUCCAGGAUUUCCUUUCUGAGAUUGUCGGCAUAAACAAAGCUGUAUUGGAAAAUCCCGACGGUGUUAGCGAUGAGGAAAAAUUGAAUUUCUUUAUCGAUGUUGCUGGAAUUGUAGGAAAAAUGCCGUGGGGAAAUCUCCUAUUUGAUGCGAUCGAUCCUUCAGCUAAACUAUGGAAUUAUACAAUGCAAAUUGGUAGUGAUAAACGUAUUUCUAAAGCUGCCUCAUAUCCAAGUCAAGGAUUCCGUCGUAUCGCCUCUCAAAGUCAACUUAGCAAUGGCUUUUUGAAAACGGCAAAAGGAGAUGCACAAUCAGUCAAAAUUACACAUGGAUUCAGAGUCAUGCCACAACUUUACUCGUCAAAGAUCAAAAUCGCUGCCGCCUCAGUUAUUGGUGGAAUUUUGUAUCCAUUCGGUGUUUCUUUCCUUCUUCCAAUCUUUGUAAUCACUUUAGUUAAAGAAAAAGAAGAACGGAUCCUUGUGAUGAUGCGAAUGAACGGUCUAAAGAGCUUUUCUUAUUAUUUGACACACUAUAUUCAUUUCUAUUCGUUACACAUUGUGACAACAACAGUAUUUAUUGUCACCGGUGUUCUCUUCAAAAUGGAAUUCUUCACUCUAACCGAUCCAGGAGUUUACAUUCUUUUAUUCUUCUUUUGGGGACAUAUUCAAAUCGCUCUUGCUUUAUUUCUCACGGUUUUCUUUAGUAAAAGUCGAACCGCAUUAGUUAUCACAUUUAUGUUGGUGUUAUGUGGUGUCAUUAUUAGUUUGUCCACUACACAAAUAUUUUUGGAUGACAAAGCACCAGGCUAUUAUUUCCUCUGGCCGCCAUUUGCUUUUUACCGUGCUCUAACCCUGAUCAACCAACAUAGUAUCAGUAAGUCAAAAUUGCCCUAUAGAAUGUCCGAUUUGACUGGAAGCGAUGAGGUUUUGAGUGCAAUAAUCGCCAUGAUUGUUGAAUUCGUUUUUUUCAUGGGAUUAACAUUUUACCUCAAUCAGAUUAUUCCUUCAGAAUAUGGCGUCGCAAAGAAAUGGAAUUUCAUUUUCACCGAACCAUUGAAAGCUUUCCGAAAUAAGCGAAAAGGAAAUACUUUCAAAGAUGCUCCUGCCACCUUAGAAGCAGGUAUUCCUGAUGUAGAUCCAGAAGAAACUCAAUUCGAGGAUCAAGAUGUCAAAGCAGAACGUGCUCGUGUAUUAGACAAUCGCUACCCGGUAGAUUCACCCUUAGUAAUGAAACGUAUGAGAAAAGCCUAUAAUAGUGGUAAAUUGGCUGUUAAGGAUGUCACAUUUGCCGUAGAAAAGAGUCUUAUUUUCGGCUUAUUGGGUCCUAAUGGAGCUGGUAAAACUACACUUAUCAGUAUUUUGACUGGACUUUAUCCACCUACUUCUGGAUCUGCCAGUCUCAAUAAGUAUAAUAUUAAUGAAGAUAUGGAUAAAGUGUAUAUGAGCAUGGGAGUAUGCCCACAACACGAUAUUCUUUGGGCUGACUUAACUGUUGAAGAACAUUUACUAUUUUACGCUCGUCUUAAAGGAAUUCCACCUAAAGCUGAAUCAGAGGCAGUUAAAAUCGCAUUAGAGCAAGUACGACUGGAACCAUUCGCAGGACGAUUAACAAAGGGUUUGAGUGGUGGUGAAAAGAGAAGAUUAUCAAUAGCUAUUGCUUUGAUAGGAAAUCCUGCUGUAGUAUUUUUGGAUGAACCAACAACUGGACUUGAUCCCGAAGUUAGGCGAUUGAUUUGGAAUAUUGUACAUGAUGCAAAAGCUGGAAGAACUAUUGUUCUGACUACACAUUCUAUGGAAGAGGCCGAAGUUUUAUGUAAUCGUAUCGGAAUAAUGGCAAAGGGAACAUUAAGAUGUAUCGGACCACAAUUGCGAUUAAAAGAAGUUUAUGGACGUGGAUUUAAGCUUAGCUUUAGUUGUCGCCCUAAAAAUGUUGAGAAAGCUACUGCAUAUAUUGAAUCGCUAUUACCACCAACAGCAAAGAAAUUGGAUUCUUUCGUGACAAAUGUUUCUUAUGAAUUUGAACCUGAACCCGGUUUGAUCCCAAGACUGUUCUCUGAAAUAGAGAAGAACAAGAAACGAAAUGGUAUUGACGAUUGGGGUCUAAGUCAAACUAGUUUGGAAGAAGUAUUUUUACAAAUUAUUGGGGAAGCUGAUGCUGAAGGGUAG